CAACGCCGCCCACUUUCACGGCUGUGUGCGUUUCUAUGGAGACGCCGAAGCGAACCAACGCAAUCAUAAGUACCACCACCUCCUUCUCCUCCAAUUCUCAAAUCUCAAAGCCUAACUGCAUCUCCUCGCCACUGCCACCAUCUGUUACGCGCCUAUGGAGACCAGCGGCACAGCGGAACUUGAGAAACCAAUGGGCAAAGUUAGCCUCUUAUAGGCCACAAUGGGAGUCUUCUUCUUCUACGGGAAGAACUUGCGCUACUUCCCUUGUUAAUGCUUAUCUCUCUCAGAAAUACUUGCCAUCAAUGGAGUUGGGAGUCCUAAAUGACAUGCCUGAUAUUCGGAAGAAAGCUUGUUCGAAAUUGUUUAAACAACAGGAGCUUCAUGGGAGCAAACUUUUGUUAUCUUACAAAGAUAUGGUGACCGUUGUGACUCACAUGGUGAACACUAGUAGAUCCAUGAGAUGUUAUGUCAAAGGGACAACUAGUAGUCCGAUUAUGCAGUUUUCUAGCAUUUCUGAGGAUAGUAAUGACUCUGGUGAUGGUUCUGGGAUUCCAGUCUUUACAUUUUGGCCAGUUUCUUCUUUUGAGCAGUUAGCAGAGGAGCUUGUGCAAAUGUUUAUAUCUGAACUGAAUUUGAAGAGACUCCUUGUACUGGAGUUACUUACCAUUAGCACUGAGGUUUCACAAGUCAAUGAACUGGGUUGGUCAACUGAACUUUAUCCAGGAGAAUUUGAUGAUCUGAGCAUUUGCAACUUGUAUUCGAAGGAAGCUUGUAAACCGGUGCCUCCAACAUUGAUGGAAGGGAAUUCUGAUAUGCCAACCUUGCAAUUGAAGAGUCAACCAGACCAUGAAAUUUUGCAAUUAUUUGCAUUGCAGGUUUAUCUAACAACAUGGCUGGCAGAGGCAAAUAUAGACAUCCAUAGGGUCAAUGAAAUAUUUGCAAUAAUUGGGGAGGAAAUACAUGUUAGCUUAUCAUGAGCUCUUUUUUGUGAUGAAGCACCAUAGCAGAAUGCGUCUCGGACUUUCCAGGCAAUUAUAAUCACACUCUUGUGGAUGCACCAGUAAGCAGGUAAACUCUUUCAAAAUAAAUGAAGCUCAACUUUUAGCUAAGGUAUCCAUCCAGAGAACAUGAAGAACUAUUAAACCAGGGCAGGUACCAUCGCCCUUAUUAUGCCAGUUACUGCUUGCUUGCAUGUUGAUCACAGACAAGGAACUGUGGUCCAUUUUUGAGGUUCGUUGAAAAAUAGGAAAUGGAAAGAAAAGAUUAUUAUAGUCUUUCUUUAUAUUCUGGCUUUUCUCUUUGUAGCAUUUUUAUAAAGUGGUGAUACUGUACUCCAUUGUUUACUUGAAUACACAAUCUGCCCUUUGCUUGAUAAAUAUUGAAAUCCAACUAUUUCUCCUCCC